AGUUAUUUGUGUGAGGGAAACACACUUCAAAUUUUCAGCUCCAUACAACACCAACACUCUCUGUGGAGUGUGCAGUCAUACCUCACAAGAAGCAUGGCAAGACUGGUGGUACCCCAACAGAACCAACUUUCUUUCUCUCCUUUAGCUUCCUCUCUUUCUGAUUUCAGCGGAACCAGACUUCAAACUCAAAUACAGUUCAGAAGAAAAGCAUGGCAGCCAAAGGGCUUUCACGUCUCAGCAUCAAGCACCAAGAAAAUCCUCAUAAUGGGAGGCACCAGGUUUAUUGGUGUGUUUUUGUCUAGGCUCCUUGUCAAAGAGGGUCACCAGGUGACUUUAUUUACAAGAGGAAAAGCACCAAUCACUCAACAAUUGCCAGGUGAAUCAGACAGUGACUUCUCUGACUUUUCCUCCAAGAUCAAGCAUUUGAAAGGAGACAGGAAGGACUAUGAUUUUGUAAAAUCCAGUCUCUCAGCAGAAGGAUUUGAUGUUGUUUAUGACAUAAAUGGACGAGAGGCAGAGGAAGUUGAGCCCAUAAUAGAAGCUUUGCCUAAUCUGGAACAGUUCAUUUACUGCUCUUCUGCUGGUGUUUAUCUCAAAUCUGAUUUACUACCUCAUGCUGAGGUUGAUGCAGUUGAUCCUAAGAGCAGGCAUAAGGGAAAGCUUGAGACAGAGAGCUUGCUGCAAUCAAAGGAUGUUAAUUGGACUUCUAUAAGGCCAGUCUACAUCUAUGGACCCUUGAACUACAACCCUGUUGAAGAGUGGUUCUUCCACAGAUUGAAAGCCGGUCGCCCAAUCCCCAUUCCGGGCUCAGGAAUACAGAUAACACAACUCGGUCAUGUCAAGGAUUUGGCAACAGUAUUUGUUCAGGUUCUUGGUAAUGAUAAGGCCAGCAAACAAGUAUUCAACAUCGCAGGAGAUAAGUAUGUGACAUUUGAUGGAUUAGCAAGAGCAUGUGCUAAGGCUGGUGGGUUUCCAGAGCCAGAGAUCAUUCACUACAACCCUAAAGAUUUUGAUUUUGGGAAAAAGAAGCCAUUUCCAUUCCGUGACCAGCAUUUCUUUGCAUCAGUUGACAAGGCAAAGAGCGUGCUUGGAUGGGAACCUGAAUUUGGGCUUGUAGAAGGUCUUGCAGACUCAUAUAACCUGGACUUUGGUAGAGGAACUUUCAGGAAAGAGGCUGACUUUUCAACAGAUGAUAUAAUUCUGGGCAAGAGUCUUGUUAGCGUGUGAUGACUCUUCUUUCAAUUUUCAGUAUUUCAACUUAUAAUUAAAAAAAAAAGAGCUAUUUUCCGAUACAAUGUCGUCACAUAAAGUUGUGAAAUAUUCAUGAAUUUUUCAUCCCGUAAUCUUUUAGAAAAUAUUUGGUUUAUCUUCAA